UUCAGAGGAAGGAGGGAAGACAUCAGGAGAGAACUUUCCACCAAGGACACUGCAAGCCCUUCAGGGCUGAGAGUGAGUGCAUUCACCUUGCAUUGGUGAGACCUGUUGAACGAAAGAUUUUGGACUUGGCAUUGUCAUCAGUUUCCUCAAGUUGAGGAUGGAAGGCUGAGUCCCCGUCGUCAUCGUCAUCAUUGUCAUCUCUAGCCUUUAUCGAGCAUCUGCUGUGUGUCGGGCGCUGUGAGAGGCACUUCACAUGGCACAGCUUUCCUCUGAGUCCAAGCUCCUCAUCCAUACUCUUUGAAGUCUGAAGUGUGGCGAGGCGUUGGCAGGUCUCUCACAGCCCCCCUUCCUGCUUGGUGUCAGGAUCCUGUGCUCCAGUGAGGAGUCUGCUGUGGAGCAGAGGGAGGGGCACUCCCCGGGGAAGCAGGCAGGAAAGACCAGAAGCUAAAAAUAAGCAGCUGGCAAGAACCUGCGUCCUGCUCGCUCAGAUUAACGUGAUAGUGUCAGGUGGAUCAACAGCCAUCUCACUGCCCCUCUGUGGGGGGUUGCUGAGAGUGCAGAGGCAUGGAGGAGAGUAAGCAUGAGGCAGUGAACCAAGCUCAUUUCCUCUUUGACCGGUUUGUCCAGGCCACCACCUGCAAGGGAACCCUCAGGGCCUUCCAAGAGCUCUGUGACCACCUGGAACUGAAGCCAAAGGACUACCGUUCUUUCUAUCACAAGCUGAAGUCCAAGCUCAACUACUGGAAAGCCAAAGCCCUCUGGGCAAAGUUAGACAAGCGUGGCAGUCACAAAGACUUCAAAAAGGGAAAAGCAUGCACUAAUACCAAGUGUCUCAUCAUUGGAGCUGGCCCCUGUGGUCUCCGCACAGCCAUUGACUUAUCCUUGUUGGGAGCCAAGGUGGUCGUUAUUGAAAAACGAGAUGCCUUCUCCCGCAACAAUGUCUUGCAUCUCUGGCCAUUCACCAUACAUGAUCUGCGAGGUCUGGGUGCCAAGAAGUUCUAUGGCAAGUUCUGUGCUGGAGCCAUUGACCAUAUCAGUAUCCGUCAGCUCCAGCUAAUACUUUUGAAAGUAGCCUUGAUCCUAGGCAUUGAAAUCCAUGUCAAUGUGGAAUUCCAAGGACUUGUACAGCCUCCAGAGGACCAAGAGAAUGAACGGAUAGGUUGGCGGGCACUGGUGCGCCCUAAGACUCAUCCUGUGUCAGAGUAUGAGUUUGAAGUGAUCAUCGGUGGGGACGGCCGUAGGAACACCUUGGAAGGAUUUCGUCGGAAAGAAUUUCGUGGCAAACUGGCCAUUGCCAUUACAGCGAAUUUUAUUAACCGAAAUACAACGGCAGAAGCCAAAGUGGAAGAAAUAAGUGGUGUGGCUUUUAUAUUCAACCAAAAAUUUUUCCAGGAACUGAGGGAAGCCACAGGUAUUGAUUUGGAGAACAUCGUCUACUACAAAGAUGACACGCACUAUUUUGUUAUGACAGCCAAAAAGCAGAGUUUACUGGACAAAGGGGUGAUACUGCAUGACUACGCUGACACAGAGCUCUUGCUCUCCCGAGAGAAUGUGGACCAAGAGGCUCUGCUGAACUACGCCAGGGAGGCGGCGGACUUCUCUACCCAGCAGCAGCUGCCGUCUCUGGAUUUUGCCAUCAAUCACUAUGGACAGCCCGAUGUGGCCAUGUUUGACUUCACUUGCAUGUAUGCCUCCGAGAACGCUGCCUUGGUGCGGGAGCAGAACGGACACCAGUUACUAGUGGCUCUGGUUGGGGACAGCCUCCUAGAGCCUUUCUGGCCAAUGGGAACAGGAAUAGCCCGGGGCUUUCUAGCUGCUAUGGACUCUGCCUGGAUGGUACGAAGUUGGUCUCUAGGAACAAGCCCCUUGGAAGUCCUGGCAGAGAGGGAAAGUAUUUAUAGGUUGCUGCCGCAGACAACCCCUGAGAAUGUGAGUAAAAACUUCAGCCAGUACAGCAUCGACCCGGUCACUAGGUAUCCCAAUAUUAACAUCAACUUCCUCCGGCCAAGCCAGGUGCGCCAUUUAUAUGAUACUGGAGAAACGAAAGAUAUUCAUCUGGAAAUGGAGAACCUGGUAAACUCCCGAACUACCCCAAAGUUGACUCGCAAUGAGUCUGUAGCUCGUUCAAGCAAACUGCUGAGCUGGUGCCAAAGGCAGACAGAUGGCUACACAGGCGUAAAUGUGACAGAUCUCACCAUGUCUUGGAAGAGUGGCUUGGCCCUGUGUGCGAUUAUCCAUAGAUACCGCCCAGAUCUGCUAGAUUUUGAUUCUUUGGAUGAGCAAAAUGUGGAGAAGAAUAACCAGCUGGCCUUUGAUAUUGCUGAGAAGGAACUGGGCAUUUCUCCCAUCAUGACAGGCAAAGAGAUGGCCUCUGUCGGGGAGCCCGAUGCGCUGUCCAUGGUGAUGUACCUGACCCAGUUCUACGAGAUGUUUAAGGACUCGCUGCCCUCCAGGGACAUCUUGGACCUGAAUGCCGAGGAGAAAGCAGUCCUGAUAGCCAGCACCAAAUCACCCAUCUCCUUCCUCAGCAAACUUGGGCAGACCAUCUCUCGGAAGCGUUCUCCCAAGGAUAAAAAGGAAAAGGACUUGGAUGGUGCUGGAAAGAGGAGAAAGACCAGUCAGUCAGAGGAGGAGGAAGCUCCCCAUGGCUGCAGAGUGGAAAGGCCAGCACUGGUGAGCACUCUGACGGACAGGAGGAUGGAUGCUGCUGCUGGGAACCAGAACAAAGUGAAGUAUAUGGCGACGCAGCUGCUGGCCAAGUUUGAAGAGAGCGCGCCCCCACUGUCCACCGGCAUAAGGAGACAGCCGACACAAGAGCGUGGGGUCAGCCGGCCAUCCCGCUGCCUGCCUGAGCAGGGUCGCUCUGCUCCCACCCCCCAGUGGAAACAGCGACGGGAAAAGGAGUGUUCUCGGACCUGCCCCAAAAAAGUGAUCACACUCUCUCCUCCCCCUACUCCACCUCCUUGCCGGGCGCGUGGUGGUCAACAGACAUACAGGGAUCUUGAUGCUGACAACCGUGGCAAGCAGAGUCCCCACCAUGAGAGGCCAGAGCCUGAACCUUCUCGUCGAUCUUUUGUAGACCAGUGGGAGCUGUCUCUUAGUCUGCGCUCCUCCCACUGCACUGCCUCUCCCUCCUCUGACUCCCUCCGACAGAAGUAUAUAAAGAUGUACACGGGCGGAGUGAGCUCAUUGGCUGAGCAGAUAGCCAAUCAGCUUCAAAGGAAAGAGCAGCCCAAAACCCUUCUAGACAAGAAGGAGCUGGGCUCCAUGAAGAAGGAAUUCCCACAGAACUUAGGAGGCAGCGACACAUGCUAUUUCUGCCAGAAGCGGGUCUACGUGAUGGAGAGGCUGAGUGCCGAGGGCAAGUUCUUCCACCGGAGCUGUUUCAAGUGCGAGUACUGCGCCACCACCCUGCGCCUCUCGGCCUAUGCCUACGACACGGAGGACGGUAAAUUCUACUGUAAACCACACUACUGUCACAGACUCUCUGGCUACGCACAGAGGAAGAGACCGGCAGUGGCCCCCCUGUCUGGAAAGGAAGCUGGAGGACCCCUGCAGGACGGCACUGCUGCAGAUGCGCACGGACGGGCCAGCAUCGCUGCCAGCUCGGCUGGGAGAGCUCCAGGUUCAGGUGUGAAUGGCCUGGAGGAGCCCAGCACUGCCAAGAGGCCAAGGGGCACUCCUGAGAGGAUCGAGCUGGAGAACUACCGCCUGUCGCUGAAGCAGGCAGAGGAGCUGGAGGAGGUGCCCGAGGAGACGCAGGCAGAGCACAACCUGAGCAGUGUGCUGGACAAGGGCGCAGAAGAGGACGUAGCCAGCAGCAGUUCCGAGUCUGAGAUGGAGGAGGAGGAGGAGGAGCAGGAUGAGCCUCGGCUGCCCACCUCUGACCUGGGUGGUGUUCCUUGGAAGGAGGCCGUGAGGAUCCACGCUCUUCUGCAGGGGAAGAGUGGGGAGGAGCUAGAGGCCUUGACAAGCUUCGAGCCCGGGGAUGAGGAGGAGGAAGAGGACGACUACGAGGACGACUACGAGGAUGAGGACGAGGAGGAGGAGUCCAGCGAAGUAGCUGGGAGCCAGCGGCUGGAGCAGGUCUUAAACCCAGCUGGUCCCUUGGAGAUCCAGGCUGACGUGCACUGGACACACAUUCGUGAGACAGAGCAGCAGGAGAGGAUGGCGUCAACCCCCGAGUCCUCUGCCUCCAGAGUGCCUGAUCUUCCCUCCAUACGCCGCGCAGCAGUGCAGGCCUGGCUGGAGACGGUCUCCGGAGGUAUCCCAUCAGACGAGGACGACCUGAAAGAAGACGUCGACUCGGAGCUGGCAGAGAUAGAAGGCGAGGCAGUGGAAGAGGGGGACCCAGGGGACACUGGCGCUGAGCUGGAUGAUGAUCAGCAGUGGUCUGACGACACUCCAUCAGAUGCUGAAGCAGAGCCUCACUCACGGCACCAGGCUGAGGCGGGAGUGGAGCUAGAGCCGAGGCUAUCGGGAAAUGAGGAGGAAAAGCCACUCGCCUUGCCAAAGCGACAAGAGAGAGAUCCUGCCCAAGUCUCCAGUCCUCUCUGGUCCCCUCAGGAACCAGCUGUUCUGUCUACUCCAGUCCACAGCCCCACGGCAGAGGGGGCCCGAGUCCCUCCUGCCUCUGCUGGCACCGAGGUGAGAUCACCUGAGAAGCACCUUUUCCCGGAGGCUUCGCUCCCCAGAGAGCAGCUCAGAGCUGAAGCCCUUGGUGAUCAGAAGGCAGUUCCCGCUCCCAUCCGAUCUCAGCCAGGGGCUCUGCCGGAAGCCAAGACUCCUACCUCACCACUUAGUUCGCAGCCCCUGUCACCGCUGGCCCCCUCCAUCUCCACCCCGCUCCCCAUCUGCUCCCAGCCACAGCCUGCCUCCGAGGUCACCGUGCCAUCCCCCACCAAGUCCCCCAUAUGCUUCCAACCUGUUGCUGCCAAAACCUCCACCCCACUGACCCCCCUCCCCAUGAAGAACCAAGGUGACACCAAGGACAGACUGAGCAGCCCUCUUGCUGUGGAUGAGGCCCUCAAACGCAGUGACCUGGUGGAGGAGUUCUGGAUGAAGAGCGCCGAGAUCCGCCGCAGCCUCGGGCUCAUGCCUGUGGAUCGCAGCAAGGGGCUCGAGCCCCGCUUCCCCUCGCCCCUCUUCAAACCUGUGUCCCUAAAAUCCUGUUCAGUUGAGAAGUCCCCCCAGGAUGAGGGGCUCCAUCUUCUCAAGCCUCUGCCUGCUCCUAAAAGGCUGGGCCUGCCCCUGUCAGAUGGUGACAAGCCCUCGCCACUGACACUUAAGUCGCCGUCUGACAGAGAACCGAAGAGCUCCCGCGAGGACCGGAGGGACCUGUCCAGCAGCUCCGGCCUGGGCCUGCAAGGGAGCUCCUCCAACAUGAAGACCCUGGGCAGCCAAAGCUUCAACACCUCAGACUCCACCAUGCUCACGCCCCCCUCCAGCCCACCCCCACCCCCACCCCCAGGCGAGGAGCCUGCCACCCUCCAGAGGAAGCCACCUCCACCAAGCAGGCAGAAGGAGGCCGAGCCCAAGGCCUCAGCUGUCCCGCCAGCCCCACCUGCCAUGGUCAUGCGGCCCCCCCGAGAGCCUGCCCAACCUCCCAGAGAGGAGGUGCGGAAGUCCUUUGUGGAGAGCGUGGAUGAGAUCCCCUUUGCUGAUGACGUGGAGGACACCUACGAGGACAGGACUGAGGACUCAAGUCUGCAGGAGAGAUUCUUCACACCCCCGUCCUGCUGGCUCCGGUCUGAGACGCCCCUCCAGCCACCUCCGGCCAAGGAGAACGGUCGGCUGCCUGCUCUGGAGGGUGGGGUCCCACUGCAGAAGAGGGGGCUGCCCUUGGUCUCCCCAGAAGCCAAGGAGCUGGCUGAGGAGCGCAUGCGGGCCAGGGAGAAGUCUGUGAAGAGCCAGGUGCUGAGGGACGCCAUGGCCAAGCAGCUGAGCAGGAUGCAGGGCAUGCAGAUGGCUGUGGGGACCCCCAGGCCCCGCAAGGCAUCCUCGGUGCCCUCUCAGGGCAAGGAACUUGGGUCUGAGUCCCCCAAACGCCCAUUUCUCAAAGGCUCUAAGGAGCCUGCCCUGAAGCAUGAAGCCACCAGCAAGGAGGUCAUCUCCCCUCCAUCAGACUCAGGGGGCCCAGACGGUUCUGUCACCUCCUCUGAGGGUUCCAGUGGAAAGAGCAAGAAGAGGUCAUCCCUCUUCUCCCCACGCAGAAAUAAGAAGGAGAAGAAGUCUAAAGGUGAGGGCCGGACCCCAGAGAAGCCCAGCCCACACCUCCUGGAGGAGGCAGCUGCCAAGCCCAGGUCCUUGUGGAAGUCGGUCUUCUCCGGGUACAAGAGGGACAAGAAGACGAAGGGCGAUGACAAAUCCUGCUCCAGUACCCCUUCCAGUGGUGCCACGGAUGGCUCCGGCAAGGCCAGGACAUCUCCCAUCAUGAGAGCAGAGCUGCAGCUCCGGCGCCAGCUGAGCUUCUCAGAGGACUCCGACCUCUCCAGUGAUGAUAUCCUCGAGCGGUCCUCCCAGAAGUCCAAGCGAGAGUCGAUUUCUGUACCACACGCCUUGGCAUUCGGGAGAUCAUGUGCAUCCAAGCCAAGAACCUACACAGAGGAGGAACUGAAUGCCAAGCUGACCCGGCGCGUGCAGAAGGCAGCUCGGAGGCAGGCCAAGCAAGAGGAGCUCAAGCGGCUGCACCGAGCCCAGAUUAUCCAGCGGCAGCUGGAGCAGGUGGAGGAGAAGCAGCGGCAGCUGGAGGAGCGAGGUGUGGCCGUGGAGAAGGCGCUCCGUGGAGAAGCAGACUAUUGGGGAGAGUCUUAUUACAGUGACCUCAUCGACUUGCAUCUGGGUGUUGAGCCCAGUGGCGGGACUCCACGGCGUAGACCUCUCUCCUUCUGCCCUUGCUGUGUCCAGGAAGGCAUGGGCAAGAAGGAUGAUCCCAGGCUGAUGCAGGAGUGGUUCCGGCUGGUGCAAGAGAAGAACGCCAUGGUGCGCUAUGAGUCGGAGCUGAUGAUUUUCGCCCGGGAACUGGAGCUGGAGGACCGGCAGAGCCGCCUGCAGCAGGAGCUCCGGGAGCGCAUGGCCGUGGAGGAUCACCUGAAGACCAAGGAGGAGUUGUCAGAGGAGAAGAAGAUCCUGAACGAGAUGCUGGAGGUGGUAGAGCAGAGAGACUCCCUGGUGGCCCUGCUGGAGGAGCAGCGGCUCCGGGAGAAGGAGGAAGACAAGGACCUGGAGGCCGCCAUGCUGUCGAAGGGCUUCAGCCUGAACUGGUCCUGAGCUCCGGCCCAUGCUCUCUGGUUGGUCUGUCAGCAUCUGCCUGCCCAGGCUGCAGCUCCCACACUCCCCAGAUCCUAGAUCUGAGAAGGCCUGGCACCUCCUGGGGGUUCACACCCAGAUGCCCACGUGCCUCUUGAAAAGUGGAGCCAAGUCCCCAUGUGCUGCAGGAAACCCCAGGUGACAAUGAUUAUCUGAGGUCGCUCUACCUGCUGGGAGGAGGCCCACCUGGACUUCCCGCACAGGAGAGAAGCACGGAGCAUCUGAGGCAUGACGUGGAGAUCCCACACGCUCCCCGAGGACACGCUGCUGGCGCCCUUUCUCCGCUGGCACGUUUGGUAAGAGAAGGAAGCUGUGCCCUCUCUGUCGCCCACAGCCCCACAGAGCACACCUCCACGCAGCCGUCUUCACGCUCCUUGAAGCACCACCAAAGAAAUGAAAAAGACCCCCACACAAGCAAGACGGGAAUCGAGGCCCAGGAGAAGGGCAGUGGCCAUCAGGUCAGUGCCCACCCUGGCAUCGCAGGGCAAGCGGAGGGGCGGCGGGCCCUGGAUUCAUUAUGCAAGUGAGGGGCGCAGAGGGGUCUGCUCUCCAGCCCCCACCUCACCGGACCCGUGUGGCCAAACACCCCAAGUCUCUCUGGCUGUGGCCUGAGGCCUGUGGAUUGCUGCAUUUUGCUUUUAGGUCACAAAUGUUUUGACACUGGAAAAUACUGACUUUGGGGGACCUGGGGGAGACCCUGCAUUUCAAGCCCCCAGUUGACAGGCGUUGUCACUUCAGCGCUUUACAUUGGGGCAGGAAAUGGUGUUUUUCCUGUGUUUGCACAUUGAAAUGAAGCUGACGACCUGCAGGACGCUCAGCCGCUUCAGACCCUUUUUGUCAAUUAACUUAUUUUUUUAAUACUUGAAAAGAAUCGACUUCAUUUUUAUAUCAUUACUAGAGACACUGAUCAGCUGCACCUGGGAAUAGGAGAGACAGAGAGGUCUCUGGUACAUCUUGCGCAGUGUGAUCCCAAACUGAACGACCACUUGUUACAUGCGUCUAUUUAUCAGCCUUCUUCAUAGUGCUGUGACCUGGUUGGCGACGGGGGGCAGCUCAAGGCCCUCGGCAGCCCUUGCUCACAGCUUUCCUGCCCCCUGCACUUGUGUCCUGCCCUCCCCCCACCCGGCCCCUGCUCUCGCUGUAGCACUGGCCCUUCUCACUUGUUCAGGACACAGCCGAGUGCCGCUUGAGCCAGGCCAAAAGGAAGGAUGCCGCUCUUUUCUCUUCCUGUUGGAAUCAUGGCUCUGCCAAACCCAUUUUUUCUCAGUUUUGAUGCCAGAGCUUCACCCUCUUUGGCACAUACAUAAAAGCAAGUUUAGGGGUAAGCCCUCUUCCCUAGCUGAAAUAAGGUAGGGUGGGAUGGGUAGUCAGUCUGGUGAUGAGAAUUCCCUCAGCCCAGCCUGAGAUCCAGCCAGAUAGAAAUGCACGUGUGACCGCAGCUGUUGGGUUGAGGCUGGUCUCACAAACAGUGGCUCCAUGCCUCGCCUCCGGAGCACUGUGGGAACCUCCCCAUGCUAGGACGUUGGGGCAGCAGGGAUGGUUGGUGCUGGUUAACCUGCUCUUAAGCCAAACCAUCCGUCUCUUAAUGGUUCAUCCAGGGACCGGCUAUGCGCAGCUCCUGAGGCCUCUGGCUGAGAAAAUCCAGUGAGGGGUAGUACCUAUCUGAUGAGAAUUUGCAAACAGCCAGCCUGGGGAGGGUUCUAUCUGCUGGCUGCGGGGGGUUGCCCAUGCAGAGAGAAGAGACGGAAGGCGCUUCAAGACGUGCUGAGGGAAGGACAGGGCGCGGGUCUGUGCUGACCUUGGAAUUUCUGCAGGGAACCACACCGUGCCUCAACUGCAACAUUUGUCCUGAGUGCAAAGGAGCAAGGAACCUGUCUUAUUCUUCGCUUUGUCCAAAGCUGCCACCUCUCUUUUGUGGAAAUAUCAGAUGUGCUGCUAGCAACCUUCACAGCUCUGACUUCUUCACCUCCUGUUUUCUGAUGAGGCAAAGCCUCCAUUUUUACUCUUUUCUUAGAAAGGGGGAGAGGAGAGUGUUCCAGAUUCCAUCUUCAAACCCCAUCUUCCAGUAAAAUUGGACUUGGGACAGGACCUUUAUUGCCCAUGUGGCCUUUUCCCUGGCCCUCUCCCCCUCGAGUGCCAGCAUAGCCAGGCAAGCUCAGCAGAGCGGUCUCCAGAAGGGGGAAGCCGUCUAGGAAGUGGCUCCCGAGGAGGCAGCAGUAGUGACGUGCUGCUUCGCUGUAUCCUUCCAAAGCACACUGCUGCCUGCAGCUACUAGAAAGGGACUAAAGACCUUGCAGAGAGGCUUUUGGAAUCGGCUAGCCUGCAACAUGCUCCCCAGCUCUCCACUCCCACCAGUGUUAAGACUUCAGGUUCUAGUUGAGCACUUUUUUUUAAAGCUCCCGUUUUUAACCACUUGUUUGCAGUUGGUGUUAGUACGCUGGUGACCUGCUGUGUGAAGUGUUUUCCAGCUCUGGAAAUGCAUGCAGCUCCAGGCGGGUUUUCUUCCCUCAAAGGCAGGGAAGCAGGAUGUAUAUACAUAUAUAUGCACAUGUAAAAUGCCAGAGCUCGCUGGAGUGAGCCCAGUGCAAGGCUAAGUACGGUAGGGGUCCAGAGGCAGCACCCGGGGGCAGGCGAAGGCAGCCCCGCUCCCAUGUUCAAGGCUGGCGGCCACUCCGGGUGGGCCUGUGCCCUAGCAGCUAUGUCCCAGCCGAUCUGACCAGCAAUGAUAGACUUAACUCUUUGAAAAGAGAAGACAUGUUUCAGUGGGGCAGGAAGGAGAGUGAGUUUUAAAAAAAUGUGAUAACAUCUGACCUACACAGGGUAACGGUCCAUUUUAUGCGCAAUAAAAAUUUUUAAAAGAAA